AUGGCACCGUAUGAGGCUUUAUAUGGAAGACCUUGUAGAACUUCAGUUUGCUGGAAUGAGGUUGGAGAAAGAUGGUUGAUAGAACCAAAGUUAGUCCAGGCAAGAUAUAAAAAUGUUAAGGUAAUCAGAGAAAAUCUGAAGAUAGCUCGAGACAAACAAAAGAGCUAUGCAGAUAAGAGAAGAAGAGAGUUAAAAUUUGAGGUUGGAGAUCUAGUAUUCCUAAAGAUAUCACUGUGGAAAGGGAUACUAAGAUUUGGUAGGAAAGGUAAGCUAAGCCUCAAAUAUAUUAGACCUUACGAGAUAAUUGAACGUGUAGGGUCAGUAACUUAUAGGUUAGCUUUACCUACUGAAUUAUCUAAGAUACAUAAUGUUUUCCAUGAAUCUAUGUUAAGGAAGUAUGUACUCGACCUUACUCAUAUUCUCCAAGAACAUUCAGUACAAUUAAAGGAGAAUUUGUCUUAUGAAGAGGAACCAAUUUAG